AUGACGACCCAGCCCCCCUUCCGCGCAGUCUACAAGACCAUAGGUCAGCAAGAGAUCGAUGUGGAUGUCUACUUGCCCCCGCCGGCGGAGGCCAAGGCAUCGCAUCCGGUUGAUCCGUUCUGGACAAAGAAGCUCGAACACGUCGCCGCUAGACUUCCCUCAGGACUUACUGAGGAGUUCUUAAACAAAGUGUUUGACGAGGACCCAGUGCCUAUUCUGGGUGGCGUUUCCCUCGAAGGACAGGCCCCGGGUCCUCCGAACUUUGACGACCCGCGACAGGCGUUUGCCAUGACGCAAAUCGCCAAUGGCAACGUCAUGAACACGAUAGUCCCAUCCCAUAAUUGGGACGAGGUUGACCCCAUAAGAAACAUCAGCGCGUCCUUCCCGCCGACGUUCAUUGUCCACGGGCAAGCGGAUACAAUGGUCUCCAUUGAUCUAAGCAGGGCGCUGUUUAAGACUCUCCAAGAAAAGGGGGUCAAAUCUGACUUGAGGGAAAUUCCGGGCGAGGAACAUACCUUUGCCGCCAAGAUGAAGGUCGGAUCUGAGACUUGGAACCUCCAGCGUGAAGGCUUUGACUUCCUUGAGAGCUUGAUCAAAUGA